CGCCCCCCCGCUUCUUGAAACCCCACCAGCUGCAGGUGUCAGCAUUUAAACCGUCCCAGCCUGGCCCCGCGACCGUUCCUUUUCCCUCGACGUUGAGCCGUGAAGUUCAAUCUGCCACAGCCACAGAUAACAUCUCCUGAUGACACCGACACCAACAUCAAUAUCCCUAGCGCCGAUUGCACUCGAGCUCGGAGAUGAGUGGAAAGGAGUCCUGGAUCCGCAGCGGCGACGGACGCUGCAGAAUCGGUUGAAUCAGCGGGCGCAUCGACGGCGAUUAAAGGCUGCCAAGUUGGCCAAGUUGUCGGAUGAGGCGCCUGGGGACAAGUCAUCGGAUCUACCGAGUCCGCCAGUCAAUCGAGAGCAUGCGCAGGAUAAUGAUAACGGUUCCCCAGUCCACAAUGCAUCCAAAUCACCUAGCGCUACCAGUACAUCCGUCGCUGUAACAGGCACCCCAGCAGCCACAUUCUCACCCUCACCCGCACCCCCUCACUCCUCCCCAUCAACCAAACAGAUAACAUUCAUCGAACUCGACCGCUUCAAAAUCCUCGGGCCCACCGCACCCAAGUGCCGCCGCGCCCUCCAGCACCUCGAAUCCUUCUACCGCGCCGAGAUCGCCGCAGGCUCACUGCGCACCGAACUCCUCCUGGGCCUCACCCGCCUAAACUUCCUGCGCGCCCUGCACGCCAACAUUGAUGUCCUCGGAUACUCCGCCGCCGAAAUGCACGAUGAUGCGCAGUCCCCGUUUGGGGUUCCGAGUGCCGCGAAGCCAGGGUAUAGCUCUGUCGAGCGAUUACCGGUAUCGCUGCGCCCGACACCGAUUCAAUUGUCGACCCCGCACCACCCCUGGCUCGACCUCAUCCCCUUCCCGCAGCUGCGGGAUAACCUCAUCCGACUCGGCGACGCGCUGGACGAUACACAGCUCUGCUUCGAUAUGUCUGGACGAGGAUCUGCAACUGGAGUCCCCGACAAACGACUCGGGAAUGCAGGUGGUGAGACGGGGGUGAUUGUCUGGCGGGAUCCCUGGGACCCCAGCGGGUGGGAGGUUACGGAGACGUUUUGGAGGAGGUGGCAUUGGGUGCUCAGAGACUGUACAGAGGUGAUGAGGGUGACGGACAGCUGGAGGAGGGUGAGGGGGGAGCCAGGGCUUUUCCAGCAUCGGGUUGUGGACGUGUAGUAUACUGCCCAAUUACGAGGAGACCAUAUGUAGAAAUGAGACUUAUAAUUACGGUGGUGAU